AUUAGAGCUUGACUAUAAACAAAUAUUUAUUGAUGGCUGUAAUUCCAUCAGUUCUGAUGUAUAGCCUACUGGGAAUCAUUUAACGCCAGAAGAACACUCUUCUAUACCGUCAAAGUGAUUCUAUUCAUGUUCAGUCACUUCAUCUGAUAAAAGCAAGCACUUUAAAAAUUUCGAUCUCUCACAAAGAUUGUGAAUUAUUUAUUACUUGACGUUUUACUUGGUGCUGUUGACAGCCUUGUUUAUUUUAUGGGAUGCCUUCUACAAGUAAAAUAAAGUCUUGUGGACGCCGUAAACGCUUAAGAUAUUUUGAGUCGACAGGAGAUUUGAUAUCUCGCAAAAUUAUCACAUCUGGUGAUGAGUUCAAUCAUAAUCAAGUUCAUACCUUGUUGAUAUCAUUGAAAUCUCAUAAAUCAUUAGCACAUUUCAAGAUUCUAUGUGAACCUGACGGAAUACGACUAAAACGUACUUCAAAGUUUGGAACACCUGCACCAAGAAAAUUUUAUGCUUAUAAAGAUAUUGAGCAUUAUUAUGUGUUUGAUAAUGACCCUACCAUACUUAUACUAGGCUGUAUUGAUCGUGAACAAAAGUCAAGGUAUUAUGAUUUCUUCAAGUUACCUGAAUCCCACUACAAGGAUAUUACAACACUGAUUGAUAAAGCAAGAAGUCAUUCUGAUUACGUGUUGAAUGAAGAUGAUACAACUUUGCCAACACCAGCUGUUUAUUCAUCACACUCCAGUCUAAAUUUGUCAACUGAACACCUUUCUCAAAAUAAUACAUAUCUAGAUGGAAAUUCAGAUGCUCGUCAGGAUGAAAAUAAUGGGAAUACAGGGAUAACUGAGAAUGAUAAUAUAACUAGAGCUUCAGCUGCUAAUCUACGAGCAAGUAGUUUAGAAGAUAUUCAACAAAAUGCCGACCAUUUACUUCACAAGAACACUGAUCCGACAAAUGAAGUGAUCAUACAUAAUCAUUACGAGAACCAUGAAGAUUCAGUAGUGCCUACAGUAAUUAAAUCUAAAGCUGAAUCAUGGGAACCGCCCUUAGAAAGUUGCAAUACCACGAAUCACUUAGAAGCAGUAAGCCCAUCAUUGGUAACAAUUGAACCACAGCCUCAGUUAGUCUUCAAUGAUGAUAAGGAUAAUAGUGACACAAGUAGCUUGAAGAUCAGAUUCAAUGAACUAAAGGAGAAAGAUGAAACAUUUGCUAAAUUAAGUAAGAAUAUGAACGUAAAUGAUAUAUGGGCUAUGGAUUUCCGUUAUGUAACAACAGAUCCAGAAAGUGGUAAUCGCAUUGCUGAUGAUGGUGACAUAUACAUUUUUAUUGCACAUUUUAAACGACCUGAAAAUAUAAAGAAUCUUGAUGUUUAUGAUGAUGAGGAUGAUACUGCUAUUGGUGGUAAUGUUGAUCCUGAGAAUAAGAAGAAGGGGAACACUGCUGACAAAAACUUUUGUUUACAGUAUAUUUAAAUAAAAAAUGGAAAAAUAAACACCUGCUGACUAAUAAUUACUUUUUUGUCAUACGCUGUCUUCACUACUUCAAUUUGAAGAAGUAGAAGCAAGUGUUCCAGCACACUUACAUAUCAUCUUUAAAGCAGACAAAUAAACAGGCAACAUAACAGUCAAGGUAUUCAAAACAACUACUCAUGUAUACCCACAUGUUAUUACAUCAUUUGAUUUCGUUUUUCUAAAUGAAAAAAAUUAUCACCAGAAAUUAUUAUUACGAAAUAUAUUUUUUUCUUUUUCUUCAUCUCCUCUUUCAAACAAAACUAGCUGCUUUCAUCAUUCUUUUUUACGCCUUCUACUUGUUAUUAUUGCCUAUGCGAUAGUCUUAUAAAUAUCAGCUGUUAUUUUGAUCAUAGAGCUUAAAUUCUGUAUGAUUUUUUCAAAAAAAAAUGAACAUUGAACCAAGUAUUCAUAAUUUUUCAACAUAUAUAUAUAAGUACAGUAUAAACUAUGUAAAUUAAAGAUGGACAAAAAACUUAACUGAACUUGUUAAAACAUUUUGAAAUGUUGGUAGCAGUACAGCAGUAUUGUUGACGUUAACAAUCACUAAAAAGAAUAGAUGUAGAGUAAUGAAAAGGAUGUAAUUGUGAUGUUGCAUGAUUGAUUUAUGUCUAUUUCUCUUCAGUUAACGUUAAAAUUAUUCGUUUGUUCUUCUUCUUGAAAAGGGAAAUAAUUCAUAAAUAAAAGUAACAAAUGAUGUCCACGAAAAUAACAUUUUAUGU